AGUGUUUGGCAAUGAGCCGGGUACUCAUAAAUCCGAUAUACCGGGUCCUGGAGUGGGUUAUAUGCCCCAAGAAAUAGCUCUUUUCAAUAUUCUCAACUAUUAUGGACUCAUUUAUGGCCUGAAAAGCGAUGCCAUUAAUAGUCGUAUCAAUGAAUUACACGAAUUGUUAGAUUUGCCAAAAUUGGACAAAAGGAUUGACUGUAUAAGUGGUGGUCAGCAAAGACUGGUCUCUCUGUCCGUCGCUCUCAUUCACUCCCCAAAGCUGUUAGUAUUGGAUGAGCCGACGGUUGGCAUCGACUCUCUUAUCAGAUCUCACACGACAGUCAUUAUAAGCACUCAUUAUAUGGAAGAGGCCGGCAAUGCGAGUCAUAUCUGUUUCCUAUAUGAGGGACACUGUCUUGCAUUUGGUCCACCGAAACAACUGCUAAGAGCCCACGGAUGCACUCAUUUGGAUGAUUUUUCCGAUAACUUUAAGCAUCGGCUUCUAGAUUAUAAUGACAUGACUGACAAUGAGAUCAAAAGCGCCACAAUUAAAGUCUACGUCGAUAUGUCUGAGACAGUGGUCGCCUAUUUUGGACAAAUCACUUCUAUGGACCAUAACCCGAGAGCUUAUUUGAUGCCAAUUGAGUUCAGUUGCCGAUAUUUUGGAGAUUUGCUGGCUAUUAAUAUUAGCCAUUAUUUAAUGCCUGGCUUUAUAUUAGGCGUCAUCCGAACUUUGAACCUAAUAUUCACCGCAAACUUUGCCUUUCAUUUAAUCCAUGAACGCAAAGAGGGGUUUCUAGACCGGGGUUUAGUCGCGGGAAUUAAUAGUAUGGAAAUAUAUGUCAUUCAAAUGCUAAUUGGUAUAGCCAGCAUAGUUUUGUGUGAGUGGAUGGCAUCGGGUGUGUUGUGGCCCCACGAGUCCCUCUCAAGUCUAUUGCAAAACGUACUAAUGAUCGCACCCUUAACCACAUCCACACAAUCCCUCCGAUAUAUCGCAUACAGGGGUUGGACUCUGUUUGGCAAUAUUCAAGACCUGGGCGAAAUAAUGGCCGGAUAUGAAAGUGAAAGGUUUGUGGGGUUGAGUGCAGUGGACAAGACUCACUACACGUGUAGUAUAUGUCAGGACAUACUGUGCGCUCCGUUUUGUGAGCAAUGUAUCCAUAACUGGCUUAAGACUCACAAUACCUGUCCCAAUGACCUCAAGACAUUGACAAUCACUGGACUAUUGAAACCAACUAGACAAUUUAUGAAUGGUUUGGGAAAACUCCAGAUAAGGUGUGACUUCAAAGACAAAGGUUGUGAGCAAUUGAUUAAUUUAGAGGACUUAACACUUCAUACAAACUCGUGUCGGUUUCGGUUUAAACCACAAAAAUGCGAUAAAUGUUUGUGUGAUUUGGACUUUUUUGGACACAAUUGCAUUCAAUCGUUGCUUCGAUUGAACCAAAAGGCAAAUCAAGAGAUCGAGGCUAUGAAACGGCAGCCUAUGUUCACAAUCCCCUUUGUAAUAGGCAAUAAUAGCCAGCCCAAGUUUGGUAAUACCGAACCUAUGUUUGGUGAUAACAAUAACUUACAUUUGUUUGAAAUUAUCUUAUAUACGCUGACCAAUGAUGGUAACGAAUCAACCCUAAAAUUAGGUAUUUAUCUGUUAUACAAACUCUCGUGCGAUCACACCAUUCAGCAAAAGAAAUUUGUGUCCGAUUUCGGUGUAAUCGACAAAAUACUCGCAAUAAUUGACUCUAAAAUUCAGGCAAACGUUUGCGACGACUGUAUGGAGAUUGGAUGGGCUCUCAUGUGGAACCUCACGGAUGAAACUCCUGUUAAUUGCUUACAGUUCUUAGAAAAUAAUGUGUUGUUGACAAAUAUGACGGGUUUAUUGGCAAAUAUAGCCGAGUGUCAGGAUAUGAGGACCAGACUUAUGACAACAUCUAAUGGUGACACUGAUUGGCAAACAUUUCUGCCCAUUGACUGUAAACGCGAUAAUAUAGAUAUGGCGCUGGAAAAUGCAAAGUAUUGCUUACUUUUGGCCAAAGAAAAUGGGAUUAAAGUAUUGGAAGAGUUGAUGAAAAGAGGAGACAUCGCUCCCCAUAUAAAACAGUUGUGUUCACUAACUCUCUAUCAAUUCGAGUUGUUUUGUAACCAUUCAAAUGUGGAUCAGCUCCAAGUCAGUGAUAGCAUUGAUAUUCCCACCGACUUCUUAAGCCGUCUGAAAAUCAAU